AUGUCAUUCUUCAAGCGAAACGAUCCAGGUGCGCCUGCCGCUAGACGAGCUGCUCAGGGAGGCGGACAAGGUGGAAGCGGCCCAGGCAGCGGCGGUGGAACCUACGAGCGAAUAUCUGGAGAAUCUUACAAUACUCCUCAACCGGGUCUUCCACCUCGAAGAACACCUGUUCCUCAAGAUGAUUAUGCUUCGCCUGCGAGGCAACAGCCGUACUCUUCUCAGCCGAACUAUGGAGCGCCCAGUCUACCUCCCCGAGGUGGUGGUGGCGGCGGUGGUGGUGGUGGAGGAAGAGACUAUGAUGAAGGUCGAGGCGGCGGAGGAGGAGGAGGUUAUGGAGGAGGAGAUUACUAUACGGAGAAAUCAGACUACAACUCUCGAGCUAUGACGCCGAGUGGGGGUCGUGGCGGCGAUCCAGGAGGGUAUGGAAGUCGCGACCGAUACGAUCAGUAUGAACAAAGAGGUGGCGGCCCACAUGGCGUUUCAACUGGUACCGGGCGAGGAGUAUUCAACAUUGCUCCUUGUCCAUCUGAUGCCCUUGCUCUGACGAAUCGUCUCGUCGUUCAUGGUGCCGACUUUCCUCCCGAUGUCGAAUUCAUCAUUGUCCGAGAAAAAUACAUUCUGUCAAUAGUCCGAGACCCCACUGGAACGCUACCUCCUCAAAGUCUAGGCCCGUCAAAGUUCAUCAGACAAUGGAUCGGUCUCUCGGCAGUUGGCGAACGUGUCGAAUGCGAGCCUUACCAUCCUGGAAACGGUGAUUGGGCGAGUAGCGUCGAACUAGAGGUUGGAUUCAGACUGAAGCGUAAAGAAACGCAAGAUCUGUUUGACAGCGAGGAGAUGGCCGCAGCCUUCAUCAGCGCGUUUCCAUCGCUACCUUUGACGCCCCUUCAACCUCUCGUUUUCGAUUACCGUGGGCAUGAGCUCAAGGCUAAUGUUCGAGCCGUAUCCACUCUUGAUGGGAGCGAUGGUCGCACGGGUAUCAUCAUGGAGGGUACCGAGAUCAUUUGGGUCAAGGAUCCCUCAAGCGCUAUCAAGCUGAAGAAUUCGUCGAAAAGGGGCCCAACCAAUGCUAUCCUCGCACCAAAUUUCAAAUUUGAGGACAUGGGAAUUGGAGGUCUGGAUUCUGAAUUCUCGGCCAUCUUCCGACGUGCUUUCGCCAGUCGUAUCUUUCCUCCCGGACUCGUUGACAAGCUGGGUAUACAACAUGUCAAAGGAAUUCUGCUUUUCGGCCCUCCGGGAACUGGCAAAACCUUGAUGGCUAGGCAAAUCGGAAAAAUGCUAAACGCUCGAGAGCCGAAGGUCGUAAAUGGGCCGGAAAUCCUUAACAAGUUUGUGGGACAGAGUGAGGAAAACAUUCGGAAGCUGUUCGCAGAUGCAGAGAAAGAGCAAAAGGAGAAAGGUGACGAGAGUGGGCUCCACAUCAUCAUUUUUGACGAAUUGGACGCCAUCUGUAAGCAGAGAGGAUCGACUAAUAGUGGCACGGGUGUCGGAGAUUCAAUUGUCAAUCAGCUACUGUCAAAGAUGGAUGGUGUGGACCAACUGAACAAUGUGCUCAUCAUCGGAAUGACCAAUCGAUCCGAUAUGAUCGAUGAGGCUUUAUUGAGACCAGGCCGAUUGGAGGUCCACAUCGAAAUCUCGCUACCAGACGAGGCGGGUCGUUUCCAAAUCCUGCAGAUCCACACCAGCAAGAUGCGUAACAAUGGCGUCAUGGCGGACGAUGUCGACCUGGAGGAGCUGGCGGCAUCAACGAAGAACUUUUCGGGAGCAGAGAUCGGAGGUCUGGUCAAGAGUGCUACCAGUUUUGCAUUCAACCGUCAUGUCAAGGUCGGCACUGUCGCCGCGUUUGAGAACAUAGAAGACAUUCAGAUUACUCGUGAAGACUUUAUGCACGCCCUGGACGAAGUUCAACCUGCCUUUGGUGUGUCGGAAGAGGAGCUUCAGCAGGUCGUCCAAAAUGGUAUCAUUCAUUUCUCGAAACGCGUCAACGAAAUCCUCAAAGACGGCAGCUUGCUUGUGGAGCAGGUCAGAAAUUCGGACAGAACUCCGUUGGUCUCUGCAUUGUUACAUGGUCCUCCGGGUUCCGGCAAGUCUGCCCUGGCCGCGACGAUCGCCAUGGAAUCUCAAUUUCCUUUCAUCAAACUCAUCUCGUCCGAGGACAUGGUCGGAUUCGCCGAGUCGCAAAAGAUUAACCAGCUCAACAAGAUCUUCACAGACAGCUAUAAGAGUCCCUUCAGUGUCAUUGUUGUUGAUAAUAUUGAGCGAUUAUUGGAUUGGAACCCCAUCGGACCCCGGUUCUCCAAUGGAGUAUUGCAAGCGCUCGUUGUAUUGUUUGGCAAGCGUCCCCCCAAGGGGCGCCGUUUGCUCAUCUUAGCGACCACUUCGAAUCGCUCGAUUCUACGAGAUAUGGACGUCGAGUCAGUCUUUGAUACCGACAUUCCUGUUUCACCCAUCGACAGUCUUGAAGGUGUUGAUCAAGUCGUUCGAGAGGUCAAAUUGUUCCCCUCCUCGAAAGAACACCAGCGAGCAAUGCAGAUGCUGCAAGAUGCCAAAUUCGGUCAAGAAGGCAGAGCCGAGUUGCUGGUCGGAGUGAAAAAGCUCCUUGGCAUGGCUGAAAUGGCCAGACAAGAUCCGGAUCCAGCGUACAAAUUGAUAUCGAGUCUGGUCAGAGAAGUCAGUUAA